AUGUUUGUUAUGUGUGCUUUCACAGCUGGUGUCUGGUUUCCUUUAGCUCCGUACGUAUCGUACUCGGGUGCACACCCUGUCGUCGUCGCAUUGUUAGGUUUGAUGGGCUCUCUAUUGGCGCUAUCGCUUGCGUUGUUGCUGGUCGGUUGGUUUGUGAAGUCAAGACGUCGUCAUUCGCAAAAGCUGCUGACUGCUUACAACAGGUCUUCUUGGUUGCGACAGUGCUAUUCACGAAUUGGAAAUGAUGAUUGGUCUUCUCAGAUUCAAAACGUGAACAAUACGGCUAACGCUCCUCCCAACAGACAAUAUUAUUCAGCAGUGUCAGAGGAUUCUCCAGUAAAUUUGAAAUCCAAAAACUAUACUCUCAACAAAUACAAUAGUUACGAAGACCAUUUAAAUGACAAUCUGACAUCGCGUUAUUACUCCAGAAACACUGAUCAUAGACGCAAACAAAGAGCUUCGGAACAUCAAGAGGUCAAGUGUCAUAAAGCAGAAAAAUCAUUGAUUGAUGACGGCUUUAUUUUCACACAUAAUGCUGAUUCGGAGUCUGUCAAGAUGUCUAUACCGAGAAAUUCAGUUUCAAACAGUCUAACUGAUUGGGAUUCGUCUUCCGAAACUUCGGGAUAUCAGCAGAUGGAAUGCACCAAUUACGUUGUGGAAAAUUAUCAGCAACGUAAUAAUAAUAAUAAUGAUGAUAAUAAUAGUCAAUGUCAGUACUACGGUAAUACACAAGUGGAAUUCCUAUCAUCGGAUGUUUAACUUCUACAAACUGAUAUUAAUUAAUUAUCUACUACUAUCUUACAAAAAAUAUUUAAUGUAUAACUCGUUAUUCUAAAAAUUUGCCAAAUUACG